CUUUCUUAAAAAUUCUUGAUACUAGUUCAAUCAAAAAUGGAAUAGAUAUGUGGCUUAAAAAUGAAGGAUUUAUUGAUCGUUAUAAUGAUAAAGGAAUGUUGACAUCUGCACAUAAUAUUGUUAUGAAAUCUUUGAUUACAAUGUUUCUUCGGAGAAGUGGAAAUCUUGAAGAAUUAUUAAUCAAUGAUCAACUUAUGCUUCCGACAGUGACCACACUUUUAAAUGUUAUGCCAGGAACAUCACAAUUAAAAGCAUUACGGGUUAAACUAAAUUCCAUUAACACAAACAUACUAAGUUUUAUGAAUGCGUUGACAACUUAUGCGUGCCCUUAUCCUAAGCUAUUCACAAAAAUUAAACCUUACUUACUCAAAGAUGCAAGUGAUGCACUCGUAAAUAUUAUAAAAUCCAAUAACAAAUUAGAAAAAAUAGAACUUAAUUAUACCAUAGGUAGAAGUGUUAUUGUGUAUAAUAUUUCGAAUCAUGUGAGUAAAAAAACAG